CGGCCAGACGCCAGCAGCAGCAGCAGCAGCGGCGGCGGCGGCAGUAUCCAGCAGCUCGGGAGGAAGGGUGCGAAGGAGGGGGGGCACGACGCACAAACGCAGCUGGCCAUAUUGCACACCAGCUCCGCGCAAAUCGGCUGCGUCACAUCUAAGAAAAACACGCACACGCAGCAAGGCUGGAACGAGAAAAGCCAAGGCAUCCAGGGAGGAAGCGCACUGGUUCAUAACGCGACUCGGCAGAGCUGGGCAAAAAUGGUGAAACUGGGGAAUAAUUUCGCCGAGAAAAACAACGGGAAGGCGGCAUCUGAGGACGGAUUUGACACCAUCCCUCUCAUCACACCGCUAGAUGCCAGCCAGCUGCAGUUCCCCCCAACAGAUAAGGUGGUUGUGAAGACAAAGGCAGAAUAUGACGGUGAGAGCAAGAAGGGAAAGCUACGGUCCCCUAAAAUCGCAGAGUUCUCAAUAAGCAUCAUCGAAGGUGUCUCCGAGCGGCUCAAAGUGACCCUGCUGGUAAUCUGCGCCCUGGCCUUCCUGGUGUGUGUGGGGUUCCUGGUCGUCUACAAGCUCUACCAGUAUGAUCAGCCGUGUCCUGACAGCUUCAUUUACGUGCAAGGCCACUGCAUGCCGACCGGGCUCUACGGGAACUACCCCCCUCAGGGCCCCGGGGGCCGCGGGCGCCUCUUCACCCUCAUCAACCGCUACAACAUGGCCAAGCAGACGAUCACUCGGUCGGUUUCUCCGUGGGUGACCAUCAUGUCUGAGGAGAAGGUGACCCAGCAGGAGAUGGAGACGGCCCAGAAGCUGGCCUAAGACUUCGCUGGGAUCAGGUGGCCUCGCGCCUUUUCUGCAGAAAAAUAAAUAAAUAAAAAAAUAACACGGCUGUGCCAUUCAAGCAAACCUCGAAUCCUGUGGAUGAAAAACAAAACAAAAACACAAACAAACAAAAACAUCUUAUCUUGCCUGAGGUGCUACGCUGCCCUGUUGAUGUAGUUUGGUCAGCCGAUGUGUACAGUAGCUGGAAAUAUGUGGAGGUUUAGAGCACGUCAUCAACACGGCGAGGCUCAGUUUGGUGGAUUCACGAUUUGCUUGAAUAGCAUUCGUCGCUUAUUUAUUUACACGACAAAACGGAGUGGUUGGCACCGAAGAAACACGAGCACCGUCUUUGUACAUACACACCCAUAUAAAGAAGCUCACUUUAGUACUGAGAUCGUGAGCCGUUCUGUGUCUGCGUCGCCUGUCUGAGCGCACAUGCACGCACGACUCGACCGGUUUGCUUCGAAUCUCAUUUUUGGGCACCG